AGAGCAAUGUGUUGCGCCCGGGCGGGCAUUGCCUGGGCAAGCGUCGGGAUUCCACAGCUCACUCGCGGAUUGCGUGGUGAUUCCCUGUCUUUGGCAAUGCGACUAGCACUUUCUUUGAUUCUCUCUUGUCGAUCACAGAUGGAAAUGUUGCUCCGGCGCAGUUCAAUUCUUUCUAAGAGAUGCAUUCCUGCUGUCUUGGCUCUACCCCGGAAUCUAUCCUCUCUUGUCACUGGUGAUGCGGCGUUCUUGGAGGCUGUGGAUAUUUACUACGAUAAAGCUGCGGCACUAGCGUCUCCAACUCCAGAUAUAUUGGCUCAGAUAAAGGGAUGUAACAAUAUCUUAAAGGUCCAAUUUCCUCUCAAGUGUUCCGAUGGAACAGUGGAGCUUAUCGAGGCUUAUAGAGCUCAACAUUCUCACCAUCGAAUGCCAGUCAAGGGUGGCAUACGAAUGGCUCCAAAUGUUGAUGCCGAAGAAACAAUGGCGUUGGCUGCGUUGAUGACUUUCAAGUGCGCUCUCGUGGACAUCCCAUUUGGAGGGGCGAAAGGAGGAAUCAAAAUAGAUCCUGCGAAGUAUUCCACCGGGGAAAAGGAAGCGAUCAUAAGGCGAUACACCAGUGAGCUUGUAAAGAAGAACUUCAUUGGUCCUGCGAUUGACGUUCCUGCCCCUGAUUAUGGAACAGGAUCCCAAGAAAUGGCCUGGAUCAAGGACACUUACGAGCAUCUCCAGUCAACUGACAUAAAUGGAACAGCUUGCGUAACUGGAAAGCCACUUGAAGAGGGAGGUAUUCAUGGGAGGCAAGAAGCUACAGGCUUAGGAGUGUUUUUCUGUUUGAGAGAGUUUUUAGAUGACGAGGGUCUGAUAUCCAAGCUGCAAAUGAAACCUGGUAUUGAAGGGAAAACUAUCAUCGUGCAAGGCUUUGGAAACGUCGGCCAACACACCAUUGAUUGCAUUGAAGAUGCUGGCGGAAGAAUCAUAGCCAUCGCAGAGAAGGAUGGUGGGGUUGUUGAUGAGACAGGAAAGGGCUUGAACAUCAAAGAGGUCAAGGAUUACUUUAAGCGGAAGGGAACAAUAACAGGAUUUCCCAAGGGUUCCACUGUUGAAGACUCUUCAAAAAUAUUAGAGCUGCCGUGUGAUGUUUUGAUUCCAGCUGCGUUGGAGUCACAAAUACAUUCUGGCAACGCCUCUUUUAUACAGGCCCGCAUUAUAGCAGAGGCUGCUAAUGGCCCGGUAACUCCUGCUGCCGAAGCGAUCCUAGAGAAAAGAGGAGUUGUUAUUUUACCAGAUUUGCUUCUGAAUGCGGGUGGAGUGACUGUGUCAUAUUUUGAAUGGCUAAAGAAUUUGAAUCACAUUCACUUUGGGCGCAUGAGUCGUAGAAUGGAAGAGCGUGGAAAACGGGUUUUUCUUGAGGCUCUCGAACUGGAGUUUGGAAAUGGAAACAGAUUAUCUGACGAGCUUCGUCGCGAACUUGUUAAAGGAAAUACAGAGGUGGAUUUCGUGUGGUCCGGACUUGAAGAGACCAUGCUGGUUGCAUGGGACAAAGUUAAGGCGGUCGCUGCUAAAAAGGGCUGCAACUUUCGCACAGCAGCAUAUUUGAUAGCUAUUGAGAGGAUAGCGACAUGCUACAAAGUCAGUGGGAUAUUUCCCUGAUAGCAGCACUCAGAAUUAUAGAGUUGAGAACCUUUGUACAUUGAGACAUUUAUACACAUGGUAACGUUUGAUCAAA